CUGAAGUGAGCACGGGACGUUACGCUCGUCGUGCGUCUGACGUCACACGGCGUCGAACAAACGACCGUGUUUGUUCUGGAUUCGGGAGAGGAAGGUCUGCGCGCGCUCACUGACAGCUAGGUGAAGAAGUGAGGAGGAUGACUUGUCCAGUCCUGACUCCGCCCAGCCUUCUCAAGGUUCCGCACUGACUCACCACGCCCUGCCCAGCUCCACCCCCUGGCCAAUCAGCAUGGGGGAUGGUCUGGACACCACGCCCCUCUCCCUCAAGGCUCCAAUCCUGGAAACCAUCCACCCGGCCCGCCCCCCCAGGCAGACCAAUCAGCUGCAGUACUUGCUAAAGGUGGUGCUGAAGUCACUAUGGAAGCAUCAGUUCGCUUGGCCCUUCCAGGCUCCCGUAGACGCAGGCAAACUCAACAUUCCAGACUACUAUAAGAUCAUAAAGAACCCCAUGGACAUGGGCACCAUCAAGAAGCGGCUGGAGAACGGGUACUACUACAACGCCCAGGAGUGCAUACAGGACUUCAACGCCAUGUUCACCAACUGCUACAUCUACAACAAGCCCGGUGAUGACAUCGUGUUGAUGGCCGAGUCUCUAGAGAAAGCCUUCUUGCAGAAGAUCUCUGACAUGCCACAGGAGGAGAUGGAGAUCUCUGUGGCAGCCAAGGCCCGUGGCAGAAAGAGGGACCCAGGUCCCCCUCCGCUGCCCCUUGGCCCCACCUUGGGUCCCAACAUGGCCCCAUCCCUUGUCCCUUCGAUGGCUCCACACCUCGUCCCUUCGAUGGCCCCACACCUCGUCCCUUCGAUGGCUCCACACCUCGUCCCUUCGAUGGCUCCACACCUCGUCCCUUCGAUGGCUCCACACCUUGUCCCUUCCAUGGCUCCCCACCUCGUCCCUUCGAUGGCUCCCCACCUCGUCCCUUCGAUGGCCCCAUCCCUCGGCCCUCCCAUGGCCCCUUUGCGACCCCCCUCUCUGGUCCCGUUGCGACCCCCUUCUCUGGUCCCCAGCAUGACCUCCUCGCUGGGCCCUGGCAUGCCCUCCGCUAAGGCCCCGUCCCUGGCUCCCUCCAUGGCGCCUGCGCUGGAACCGUCCUACCAGCUGGGGGCGCUGGACUGCCUGGCCCAGGGACUGACCUCCGUGGGCCCCCCGGUGCUCACUGCCAUGCCACCGACGACUCCACUCACUAAGCAGAGGAAGAGUCAGAAGCGGAAGGCCGACACCACCACGCCGACCGCCAACGACCAGCUGAGCGAAUCGUCUCCCGCCGCCACUGAGCCCCGCCCUCGCCGCGAGAGCAGCCGGCCCAAGCAGACGCGCCAGGAUGCGCCCGACUCCCAGUUCAUCGUCAGGCCGACCAAGUUGAGUCCUCGUCGGAGCGAGCAGCUGCGGUACUGCCGUGGGGUUCUGCGGGAGAUGCAGGCCAAGAAGCACAUCGCCUACGGCUGGCCCUUCUACGUGCCAGUAGACACCCAAGCCCUUGGCCUGCAUGACUACUACGACAUCAUCAAACACCCCAUGGACCUCGGCACCAUCAAGGCUAAGCUGGACAGCUGGCAGUACUCUGACGCUCAGGACUUUGCGGCCGACGUCCGCCUCAUGUUCUCCAACUGCUACAAGUACAACCCACCUGACCAUGACGUGGUGGGCAUGGCUCGCAAGCUCCAGGACGUGUUUGAGAUGCGCUUCGCUAAGAUGCCGGACGAGCCCAUGAUCAUGGCCACCCCCGCCCUGGCGCCUACACCCAUGAUGCCCCAGCCGCCCCCGCCCCCGCCCAUCAUCUUCAGCGAGUCGGAGUCGGAGUCGGAGUCUGAGGGUGACUCGGACCACGAGAGAACUCAGAGACUCGCGGAACUGCAGGAGCAGCUGAAAGCCGUACACGAACAGCUGGCCGCCCUGUCUCAGCAGCAGCCGAAUAAGCCCAAGAAACGAGAGAAGGAGAAAAAGGACAAGAAGAAAGACAAGCACAAGAAGAAGACGAGUGCGCCAGCCCUGGACCCACCCAUUUUGGGCGAGGCCUUCUACACAGAGCCCACGCCACCCCCUCCCCUCCAGCCAAUCAGGAAGAGCAAAAGCAACAAGGAGACCGCUGUGCCCACCAAGCCCAAGAAGCAAGGUAAGAAGGACCUCCCUCAGCAGAAGCCCGGCCGGCCCGUGGUCCCUCCCCGUGCCCCUUCUUCCUCCUCUUCCUCCUCCUCUUCCUCCUCCACCUCCUCAUUGGCCCCCUCUGCCUCCCUCCUCCAAUCGGACGACGAGGGCGGGGCAUCCUCAGCAUCCAAUCCCGCGCUGAGCCGGCCCAUGACGCUGGAGGAGAAGCGCCAGCUGAGCCUGGACAUCAACCGGUUGCCGGGCGACAAGCUGGGCCGCGUGGUGCACAUCAUCCAGACGCGCGAACCCGCGCUGCGCCACUCCAACCCCGACGAGAUCGAGAUCGACUUCGAGACGCUCAAGCCCUCCACGCUGCGCGAGCUGGAGAGAUACGUCAGCGUCUGCCUGCGCCGCAGCAAGAAGGGAGCUGAGAAGAUGAAGAUAAAGAUGGGCUCUUCAUCGGGCAGCAGCAGUGAGGGCAGCUCCUCAGACAGUGACACCUCUGAUACAGGGCUGGUCCCCAAACAGAAGAAGAAGCCGUCUGCUCCGUCGGCCAAGCGAGGCUCCGCCCAGACCAUCACUGUGCCUCCUCCCCACAACUCUGCCCCGCCCACCUCCAACGCCGCCGCCGCCGUCCCCCCUGCGCCGUUGGUCCCGCCCCCUGCCGGCCCCUCCCUGGCGCCCUCUCAUCUCCUCGGCAACAGCAGCUACGAGCCGCUGGCCCAUUUCAACCCGCAGUCCUUCGUGUCGGCGCCGCCCGGGCGGUCCAGGGGAGGCCCCCCCCACCACCACCAACACCAGCAGCACCACGCCCAGCCGGGUGCCGCGCUCACACACGCUCACUCAAACACACAGCCUUCGGCGCUCACACAGGGACAGCAGUUUGGCGGUGGAGGAGGAGGAAAAGGAGGAGGAGGAAAAGGCAGCGGAGGAAAAGGCGGAGGAGGAGGAGGAGGAGGAGGAGGAGGAGGUGGCGGCGGUAGCAGCAGCAACAACGGGCACACACCACCUCGGCAGCACGACACACACGCCUUCCUCAACCAGCACCCGGCGGCCAUGACAGCGCCAGCUCUCCACUCUACUCUUCCUCAGCAGCCAUCGCGCCCCAGUCACCGUGCAGCUCCUCUCCCUCUCAAACCCCCCUCCGCCCCCACCCCAACUACCCCACCUACCCCAACCAGCCCACCAACCCCUACCCCUACCCCUGCCCCUGUCCCUCUCUCCCUCCCUCAGCAGCAGCAGUCUCUCAGGCCUCUGUUGCCCCUGGCCCCUCUGGUUCCCACCCCCACCCCGUUGCCCCCUCUAGCCCACCAGGGGAGCUCCAUCCUCGGCCAUGUGUCGGCCCAGCCCCCCCAGGCCCUGCUGGAGGAUGAGGAGGACGAAGAGCCCGCCAGCCCACCGCUGCCCAUCAACCAGAUGGAUCAGCAGCUCCUGAUGCAGCCGCUGGGGUUCAGUCCCUCUCCGCCCUCUCAGCUGGGCACGGAGCAGCCACACGUCCAGACACACACACUCACACACUCACAGCAGCAGCAGCGGGAGGACAGUGCCACCGUGCACACACACAUUAAGGAGGAGGAGUCUCCGCUACACAGCUCAGGUCCGCUGAGGGAUAGCCCCUCCCCUCUGUCCCAGUUUCACUCAAUGGUGAACCAGUCGCCUGCCAUGGAUAUGCCAGACAGGAAGUCUCUGAAAGAGGAGAAGUUCCCUCCCUCUCCAGUCUUGGUCCUCAGCCCAGUUCAUCAGGACGUCCCUGACAGCAAGCCCAACCUGCACAGAAGCAGCAUCAGGCCACCGGACAACUCUCGGCCCCGCCCCACAGAAGCCUCAGCUCCACCCACUUCUCUCCAGGACAAGCCCAAACAGGAGCCCAAAGGGCCUGGUGGACCUGCAAAGGAUGUGAAGCCGAGGAACAUGGGCUCGUGGACCAGCCUGGCGCGCAGGUCUUCCUCCUCGUCUUCGUCCUCCUCUUCCCAGCUGCGCUCGUCCAGCGACAGCUUCGAGCAGUUCCGCCGCGCCGCCCUCGAGAAGGAGGAGAGGGAGAAAGCGCUCCGGGUCGAACAGGAGCGAGAGAGAGCACGCAAAGAACAAGAGAAGAGGUCCCGUGACGGUGAGGACCCUGUGGAUCACCCGCGCCGUGGCCACCACCAUCACCACCAGCAGCAGCAGCAGCAGCAGCAGCAGGAGCAGCCUCCGCCUCAGCAGCCUCCGCCUCAGCCUCCGCCUCAGCCUCCGCCCCACUCACAGGGGCGCAGACGGCCGGAGCAGACGCAGACGCAGACGCAGACGCCCCCCCAGGCCAACUCCCCCCACGCCCCAACACCUCCGGCCCCCCCAGCACAGACGCUCAGCACCCCCGACCAGAGAGAGCUGGCCCGCAGGCGAGAGCAGGAGCGGAGGAAGAGAGAGGCGACGGCUGCCCUCAUUGACAUGAACUUCCAGAGCGACCUCAUGGCCAUCUUUGAGGAGAACCUUUUCUGAAGGAGGGAGCAAAUGUAAA